GUGAGGGCUUCAACAUAUCAUAUACAUAUUGUGUUAGAUGGUGUGAAGCGGUACAUUGUGUGUCUAGAAAACAAGAAAUGUAGCUGUGGACAAUUCCAACUUGAUGAACUUCCAUGUGCGCAUGCUUUGGCAGCAUUAAGGCAUAGGAAUGAAACAUACAAAAACUAUUGCUCUCCGUAUUACACAAGGAAGAGUCUUCUGCUUACCUAUGAAAUGCCAGUAAAUCCACUUCCUGAUGAAGGCAAAUGGGAUGUGCCACAACAUAUUUUGGAUGAGGUAGUAAAGCCACCGGCGGGAGAUAAAAGGCAGCCAGGGAGACCUCACAAGGAAAGAUAUAAAACAUUUGAUGAAAUAAAGUCAAAGAAAUACAAGGUGUCAUGUGGCAAUUGUGGAGGUGCAAGGCAUAACAAAAGAACUUGCAAGAAUGCACCGAAAAAGAAAUGA